AUGACUGAGCCUGCAAGGGGUUUGAUCCUCACGCAGAUAGAUUCGGAACGGAUGAAGCGAGAAAAUAUUAAGAAUGAAAUCAAGCAAGCUGCGGAAGCCGCACGCAGGAUAUACGACCCAUCCAAACGCAUCGCCGGGAUCACACCCUCAUAUGGGUAUCCGGUUACUCCCGAAUGGAUCCUGCAAUUCACCUAUUCGCACAUCUGGACGGAUGGUCGCCCAGCAGGUGGAUUUCCCGAGUUAGAGGUGGGCGAUGCCGCCGCCGAGACAGUCCGAGUCCUCAGACGUAUGGCGCGUAUCAAGUACAUGUUCCUCAUUCCGUACGAGCUCAACCACACUCGAUAUUUCUUGGAAUUAUGCCACUUCGACGAGCUGGACAAGCGGUGCCCACCGCUGUUUACCAUUACAUGGGUGAAGGACCUGUUAGGGCGUCAGGACGAUCCCGUGUGGGAGUAUAACCUAGUGCGACCGAGAAGGAUUUCAGUGCUGGGUAGUAUCAGGCUAGGCGAUAGGUUCAAUACAGACACAAGCAGCGUAAUGGAGCAGAGCAGAAACAUGCAACUUUUCACUCCGGCGACAAAUGUGAGAGGUGUCGAAGUGCAGCCACCCGACAAUGCCGCCAUCAGCGUGACCGUCCGGCUUUCCAUAAGAUCCUAUGGUCACGCAGUGGCAGCCCCUGGGCGCACAACGGCGCAUCUGCUCUCCGCGAGCUCCCGGCAGAACCUUCAGACGUAA